UUCAAUGGCCGCAGAUGCAUCGCAAAGGAAGGCUCUGAGAUACCAGCAGACCGUGCUAUAUGGAGAGUACAGGGAGCACCCUGGUGGGUCCCAGCGGAGAGAGGCCUCUCGCCUUCUGAUGGAGAGACAGAGGAAAAAACAUGGACAUCACCACCAUCACAGUCACCAUGGGCGCAGUCACAGCCGAAGUCGCCACCAUCUGGAGCUGGACAUAGGCAGCAUUCAUGACAGACAGGAGGAGGAGCAGGGCCACACAUCCUCGUUCAAGAAACGCCGAUCCUACUCCAAGUGCAGAGACUGUGUGGCUCGAGUACAGAAGUUCCUCAUCUCUAAAUUGGGAGAAGACUGGAUCUUUCUGGUGUUGUUGGGUAUUACCAUGGCAUUAGUUAGCUGGACCAUGGAUUAUGCUAGUGCCAAGAGUCUGCAAGCAUAUAAGUGGUUUUAUGGAGAGUUGAGUGGAAAUAUCCCACUGCAGUACCUGAUCUGGGUCUUCUAUCCCAUGGUGCUCAUCCUGUUUGCCUCCCUGUUCUGCCACCUGGUUGCUCCUCAGGCCAUUGGCUCUGGUAUUCCAGAGCUGAAAACCAUACUCAGAGGUGUUGUGCUGAAGGAGUAUUUGACACUCAAGGCAUUUAUUGCAAAGGUGGUGGGACUCACUGCUGGUCUGGGCAGCGGUAUGCCGGUUGGCAAGGAGGGUCCCUUUGUUCACAUAGCCAGUAUCUGUGCAGCUGUGCUCAGCAAGUUUAUGUCUUUCUUCUCUGGAGUCUAUCAGAGCCCAUAUUGUUAUACAGACAUCCUCACAGUGGGCUGUGCUGUGGGGGUUGGAUGCUGUUUUGGAACCCCUCUUGGAGGUGUUUUGUUCAGCAUUGAAGUUACAUCAACCUAUUUUGCUGUGAGAAACUACUGGAGGGGUUACUUUGCUGCCACAUUCAGUGCUUUUAUUUUCAGAGUGCUGUCUGUGUUUAAUAAGGAUGCAGUCACCAUCACUGCUCUCUUCCGAACCAACUUCCGCAUGGAUUUUCCUUUCGACCUGCAGGAGCUCCCGGCGUUCGCCCACCACUAUUACCUAAUGUUUGCUCAUACUCACUCCAUCCUUCUGUCCUGUGCGGCGGCGCUGACAGGGGCCGUCACUCAUACUGUUUCCACGGCGGUGAUCUGCUUCGAGCUGACAGGUCAGAUCUCUCACAUCCUUCCCAUGAUGGUCGCUGUCAUCUUGGCCAACAUGGUAGCGCAGGGUCUGCAGCCAUCGCUGUACGACUCCAUCAUCCAGGUCAAGAAGCUGCCCUAUCUCCCCGAGCUGGGCUUCGGCCACAUAAGCCAGUAUAACAUCUUCGUGGAGGACAUCAUGGUGAGGAAAGUCAAGUUUUUAUCUUCCCACUCUACAUACAGAGAAGGACUGCAUUUGCUGGACUCGACCUCUUUAAAAACCUUCCCGCUGGUCGACUCAAAAGAAUCUAUGAUUCUAUUGGGCAGCAUUGAGAGGUCUGAGCUUCUCGCCCUCUGUGAUUGGUGGCUGUCAGCAGAGAGGCGGAUCCUAACACAAGGACAGAGCUCACAAGGUCAAGUGCCUUGUGCCAAAAUCAGCUGGGAAUCCUUUGCCUUUGUUGAUGAGGAGGAAGAGGAGAAUGAAGAUGAUAAGACGAUACCAGAUAAAGAGGAAAGAAACGGUCCUGUGCCUCCAUCCAAACCUUCAGAACCAUCCACCAAUCACACGUCUCCCGAUAAGGGUCCUUCCCAGUCUUUCGGGAGAAUUUUACGUAACUACUUUUCAUCCUCUUCAGAACGACACACAGAAGGUCAGCUACAGGAGCCUUAUCCUCCACCUUUAACUGACACAAUGACACCAGAACAGAUCAAAGCCUGGGAGGAGACAGAGAUGGACAAACCUCUGGAAAUCGAUCAGAUCAGAAUAGACCCCUCCCCCUUCCAGCUGGUGGAGAGAACGUCACUACAUAAGACUCAUACCCUGUUCUCUCUACUGGGCCUCAGUCAUGCCUAUGUAACCAAUACUGGAAAACUAGUGGGAGUCGUGGCACUGAAAGAGCUCCAAAAAGCCAUUGAGGGCUCCACGCGCAGUGGCGUGCGCUUGCGCCCCCCUUUGGCCAGUUUCCGUGACACAAUUCGUAAAGCUUCGAAGCCACCUCCGGCCUCCUCCCCUCCAUCCUCGCCCGGCUCCACCACAGCUCCCUCCUCGCCUCUGUCUGUACCCGUGGUCCCUCAUGCUCAUUCCCCCAGCCCAGCGGCCCCAGUGAAGGAAGAAAAGGAGGACAUGAAAGUGUGGAUUGAGGGCGUGAAGCGGGAAGUGAUUGUAGGGAACAACAGUAGCUCGACAACAGGAAGCAGUAGCGGGACAGGAAGCAGUGACAGUGAGAAAGGAAGUCCCGAUAGCAGCGCAAACCUGCCGCCCUCUUCUCCUCCACCCCCCAUCCCUCUCUCCACCCUACAGCCCGUCCCGGAGAACAAGGAAGGUGAAGAAAAUGAGGACGAGGAGCCCCUUUAGAACAAGUAAAGUUAGUUUUUCUUUUUGAGGUGUGAUCAAUGUACUUUUUUCACAUUUAUUUUUAUAUAAA